AUGCGACUUUUGGCCAUAAAGAAGGGACCUCUGGCUGUCCAGGAGGUCCAACAUCUUCAGCAUCAUCUCGAACAUCCUCACCCGCCUCUUUUCAACUCUAUACCACAUUCUUCCCAACUACCACCACUCAAUACAUCCGUCACCAUGGCUCCUCUUCCUCCUGCGGAGAAGCUUUCGCUUGCCGUCCGCAAGAAUGUCAGAGACGAGUGGGAGAACAACAAGGCCGACCUCGAGAAGCAGCUUUCCGAGCUCCUUGGCACCGAGUGGACCGUCGAAGCUGACCCCAAGGCCAUCUGGCCUUACCACAACGACGGUUACGCCAAGGAGAGUCUUGGUUCUUGCAUCAAGGCCUACGUCGAGGGCGCUAUCUACCAGAUCAAGUAUCUGAGUGGAAGAUAUGGAAGCGAAUUCGCCACAGAGAUCAACGACCUCGCCCAUGCUCAUGUCUUGACGCUCGAGGUCGAGGACCAGGACCCAGCCCGUUUUAGCUACAAUGGUUGCGAGAUCAAGGAUGGCAAGCUGCGCAUUCUGUUCAACGAGACAUGCCUUGGCACCAACGUCGAUUACGCCUUGCAAGAGAACAGCCUUUUGCCCGCCCUCAACGCCGCUCCCAGUGACAAGCCUUUUAGCUUCCACGCUCGCAACAGCAUCAGACAGGACUACGAGCCCGCCAUCGGCGCUGUCAAGAAGGACAUUGCCGACCUUCUCGGCAAGAGUGUGGAUGAGAUCACGAUCAAUCCCAACUUCGAGGCCAACUUUGCCAAACUCAGUGAGAGCAAGCCCAGUCUCGAAGACUGGCAAGAACGGCUCGGGAACUUCACGCUGAAGUACUUUGAGGGCUUGGCUUACCAGAUGAAGUACCAAAAGGUUGGCGAGGACGAGCUUAUCCAGGAGGGUCUUCUGGAGGCUGUCAGCAAGAACGAGUACGCCCUUCGCAUUGUGGACACCCUCACGUAUGACUCGUAUGGUGAGGUUGUGGUGGAAGAUGGGGUGCUCUACAUCCAGGCCAAGCCGGAUACCUUCGGUACCAACAUUGACUACGCUGCUCAGAAGCUUGUUGAUCAGCUCUGA